ACCAGAAACGAGUCCUCUGGUGAGGAAGCUGCAACCAGGCGCGGCUGCAGCAGCACCAAGAACGUGGCCACGCGCUUGGGCGAAGGAGCCCCAGGUGAUCAGACCUCAGGCUGCCUACCUCCCAGCUGGAGUUCAGUCAGUCUGCGGGGAUCUUCAAGUCUCCCUCAGCCAAACCCACAUCCGGUCCCCAGCCUCUUUGCCGGACAACCCAACUGUCAUUUGAAGAUAGUAUAUUCUUGUCCUGCAGACAUUCACAAGGAACUCCCCUCCUGUCCUGGGAGACCAUGGCCCUGGCAACCGCAGCGGGGACACGGCCACCCCUGAGGGAGGUGGCAGGGGUUCCUCUGCCUGCCACCACCGUGGACAACUGGAGCCAGAUCCAGGGCUUCGAGGCCCAGCCGGAUGACCUCCUCAUCUGCACCUAUCCCAAGUCAGGGACCACGUGGAUCCAAGAGAUUGUGGACAUGAUCGAGCAGGGUGGGGACGUGGAGAGGUGCCAGCGGGUCACCAUCCAGCACCGCCACCCCUUCCUAGAGUGGGCACGGCCACCCCAGCCUUCUGGUGUGGACAGAGCCGCAGCGAUGCCCUCUCCACGGGUGCUAAGGACCCACCUUCCCACCCAGCUGCUGCCUCCGUCCUUCUGGGAAAACAACUGCAAGUUCCUCUAUGUCGCCCGAAAUGCCAAGGACUGUAUGGUGUCCUACUUCCACUUCCAAAGGAUGAACCAGACCCUCCCUGACCCAGGCACCUGGGAGGAGUACUUUGAAACCUCAGUCAGCGGAAAAGUGGCCUGGGGCUCCUGGUUUGAGCACGUGAAAGGCUGGUGGGAGAUAAGAAAGAAAUUCCAGGUCCUCUUCCUCUUCUAUGAGGACAUCAAGAGGAACCCGAAGCAGGAAAUUCAGAAGGUGAUGCAGUUCAUGGGAAAGAACCUGGAUGGACCCGUGCUGGACAGAAUCGUCCAGGAGACGUCGUUUGAGAAGAUGAAGGCAAAUCCCAUGACAAACCAUUCCUCGGCGCCCAAGUGGAUCCUGGACCAGUCUAUCUCCCCCUUCAUGAGAAAAGGAACCGUGGGGGAUUGGAAAAACCACUUCACUGUGGCUCAGAAGGAGAGGUUUGAUGAAAUCUACAAGCAAAAGAUGGAAGGAACCUCAAUCCACUUCUGCACGGAACUGUGAGCAAGACAAAGAUGCCGCAAUGAGGGUGGAGCCCCAUCCUUCAGCCCCCACCAGGGAGUCUGGGGAAGGGUUGUCCUACAGCAUCUCUGUGAUUAGUUAACAGUAGGCACCAACUUCACCUCUAAAACAGAUCACACCUAGUGCUCACUUUCCCAACCAUUCUUUCCAAAGCAAGAAAGGAGAUGGCUUAAUAAACUAGGUGAAAGACCAGACUUGAAUACUGCAAAGAUUUUUAAAAUCUCUUUUAUUUCUGAAAGUGCAUCCUAGUUCUCUAAUCCGUAACCUAACAAUACCUGGAAUGUCAGUAUGAAAAUGUUAGUUUAUAUCUCUAAUAAGAAUAUGAAAUUUCCAGGAGUUCUCUUGUGGCACAGCAGAUUAAGGAUCCAGCGUUGUCACUGCAGCAGCUCGGGUCAUGCCACGGUGUAGGUUCAUUCUCUGGCCCAGGAACUUCCAUGAGUCCUGGGCUUGCCCCCCACCCCCUCACCCUCCCCCCAAAAAGGAAUAUGCAGUUUCUGACAUCUGUCAGCCAGGUCACAAAUUUCCAACUUUUAGUCCCAACUACUGUCAUUCCAAAGCUGAGAGCUGUAGGAGAGUUUGUUGGGCGACCCAGUGAUAAUGGUGAUUACAGGUACAUAAGCUUCCGAUUAGCACUUUCUACUACAUGAAAAAGUUGUCUGAAUCCCCUAAAGAUGGCAAUUUUAGACCGUAACUUUUUUGCUGUUUGGUUCUGCAUCUUACUCACCUUUGUAGAAAUUAACUGAGAGAACGCCGAGCCACCUUCAUUAACAUUCACAAAUGCAGCUCCUCCUCCUUAUUUCCAGGGCAAGGCUGUGACCCUUCAGAAUUCUUCAAGCUCCCUUCAGGUACAGUCAGUUAACUGGCAGUAUUUAAUUUUUUUUUUUUUUUUUUUUUUUUUUUUUGUCUUUUUAGGGCCACACCCAUGGCACAUGGAGGUUCCCAGGCUAGGUGUCGAAUUGGAGCUAUAAUUGUCGGCCUACACCAGAGCCACAGCAACGCCAGAUCCAAGCAGCGUCUGCAACCUACACUACAGCUCAUGACAAUGCCGGAUCCUUAACCCACUGAAUGAGGCCAGGGAUCAAACCCGAAACCUCAUGGUUCCUGGUCGGAUUCGUUUCCGCUGCGCCACGACAGGAACUCCUGUAGUAUUUAAAUAUUUCUGUGUUUAAACUUCAGACUAAACAGUGAUAGGCAGUUGUUGUAAAGACAAAGAAGCAGAAAGUGUGUCUUCACUUUUGCCAAUCAUGUGACUCCUUGGCCUUUUCAUUUGUAUUCAGAGUUUGGUGAAAUUUAAGAGCGUGAACCAUGAUGUAUAAAAUGUUUGUUCACGCAGAAACCAGUUUACUGAUUUUGAAUAAUAACUUGAAAAUUAACAUUUACUCUCUUCUUUAUUGAUCAGUUAUUUGUUUUAAAACUCGAGGGUGAAUCAGGAAAACGAAACGUUACAUCUGUGGUGUGAUUUAGUCAGUGUCUGAACUGUACUUUUUAUAGAUGUUUUCAUUUUACAUGAUUUUCGUAUUUCUGGAAUGAAUCUAUAUACAAAGUUGAAUAGAAAUUUCACUGACUUUACUGACCAUUAUUUUUUCUACUCAUGAUUAAUACUGAAAAUAAUUCUGUUGUAUAUGGGAGGAAAGUGGUGAAAAUAAAAAUGAUUUGCUCCAGAGGCAGAUAAAUGGUGAAACUCA